AUGCCACCGCCAUCCCCGCUCAAGAUCAGGACCUCAAGCGUUACACGCUUAAUCAAGGAGGAGCAGAGUUAUCACAAGGAACUCGCGUCACAGAAAGCCAGGCUUCAAAGGAUGGAGGACAACAACGAGGAUGUAUACGAAAUCAAGCAACAGAAAAAAGUUGUCGUCGACACAGAGCAGAUGAUCCCAGCGGUCCAGCAGAAAUUGGAACUGGCGGUUGAGGCGUUGGAGUUACAGUUGGAACUGAUCGAGGAGGAAACGGACGAAAAGAAGGCCGCCGUCCUAGCCGUCGAGGAAGCUAAGAAGAUAUACGAAGGACAGCCAUCGUCGGUCGGUAACAGUUUAUUCACGGAGGCUGCUUGA